AUGGAGCACCCAGCAUUGACUCCUGCACGCCAAUGUGAGCCAAUCGCGAUCGUGGGCAUGGGAUGCCGCUUACCAGGGAAAGCUUCAUCCCCAUCCAAACUGUGGGAAUUGCUGGUCAAGAACGAGACGGGCCAUUGCGCUGUUCCAUCAGAGCGCUACAAUGCAGCGGCAUAUUACCACCCGGAUGCCGAACGACCAGGAAGUAUCAAUUCGACCGGUGGAUACUUCAUCCAGGAGGACAUCCGAGCCUUUGAAAACGCGUUCUUCGGGAUCAACAACCUCGAAGCCACGUCCAUGGACGCCCAGCAAAGGAAGCUCCUCGAAGUGACCUACGAGGCGUUGGAGAGUGCCGGUGUGUCGUUGGAAAUGGUUCAAGGCUCAAAUACCGGUGUUUAUGUCGGCAACUUCACCAACGAUUUCUUGAACAUGCAGUACAAAGACCCGGAGUACUUUUCCCGAUAUAGUGCUACAGGAUCGGGGCUGACCGUGCUGGCGAAUCGGAUUACACAUUGCUUCGAUCUGCGUGGCCCGUCCUUUGUGGUUGAUACGGCUUGUUCAUCGUCCUUGUAUGCGCUGCAUUCGGCCUGUUUGGCUCUGGAUGCACAGGACUGUGAUGCGGCCGUGGUGGCUGCUGCAAACCUCAUCCAGUCUCCGGAGCAGCAAAUGAUCGCCGUGAAAGCGGGGAUUUUAUCGCCAGACUCGGUGUGCCAUACCUUCGACGAGUCAGCCAACGGAUAUGGUAGAGCGGAGGGGGUGUCAGCCGUAUAUCUGAAGCGGCUCAGUGAUGCACUGAGGGAUGGAGAUCCCAUUCGUUCGAUCAUUCGAGGAACCUCUGUCAAUGGGAAUGGACGAACACCAGGCAUUGUCCAGCCCAGUGUGGAAGGGCAAAAGGCCGUCAUUCGGGCGGCGUAUCGUCGAGCAGGUCUGGAUCUAGGAGACACGGACUACGUCGAGGCGCAUGGGACCGGCACCAAGGUCGGUGAUCCUAUAGAGGUCGAGGCCAUAGCCGAUGUUUUUCGUCAUCGGACGGGACGGCCAACCCUUGUUGGGGGGAUCAAGCCGAAUCUUGGUCACAGCGAAGGGGCGAGCGGUCUUUCGAGCCUAAUCAAAGUCACCCUAGCGCUCGAAAAUGAGUUACUCCCUGCGACGGCCGGGGUUAAAGCCAUCAACCCGAGCAUCAAAACAAAGGAAUGGAACGUGGACAUUGUCACUGCCAACCAAGCGUGGCCUGUAUCCCGGGUCCCGCGAGCCUCGGUCAAUUCGUUUGGCUUCGGGGGCUCAAAUAGCCAUGCUAUUCUGGAAGCAGUGCAGCAGAACCUAUUGACCAACAGUUGUAGGGAUCCGCUGGUAGACGAAAAUGCAGAGAGGCUCUAUCUGUUACCUCUUUCGGCUCGAUCUGAGACGUCCCUCGGACACAUGGCUAAUAACUUGGCUGAUUUCGCGUCCCACCCAGCUCGACAGAUUCGAAUCGAUGAUCUGGCUUUUACGUUGAGCUGUCGUCGCUCCAAGCUGGCUACCCGUGGCUUUUUCAUCGAAUCUCAAGCGAGCCUGAAUAAGGGACUCAAUAUGUCGAGCCUGAAACUGAGAGAUUCUGACAGCGAAGGACCAUUCCCGUUGGUCUUUGUUUACACCGGACAGGGUGCACAGUGGGCUGGAAUGGGCAAGGAGCUUCUGAGCUAUAGCCGCGUGUUUAGAAAGACAAUAGGCUAUCUUGACUCUUGCCUCCGAGCCCUUGAUCCAGAACAUGCGCCCGCCUGGACGCUGGAGGGUGUUCUGCGAGGGGAUGAAAACUGUGACACUAGCGCCGCAGAAAUAUCACAGCCACUGUGUACGGCGGUGCAAAUUGCGCUGACGGACCUACUCAAAGAUUGGGGUGCUCUGCCAGAGAUGGUGACGGGCCACUCCUCCGGCGAGAUGGGAGCAGCGUAUGCGGCCGGGGCUAUCGAUGCUCGGCAAACCAUCUUCGCGUCUUAUUUCCGCGGAAUUGCUGUCGCCGAGGACUCCACCGAAGGAUCCAUGGCUGCCGUGGGACUUGGGAAAGAUCGGAUCGAGGCGAUAAUCGAGGAAUGUGCGUUGAGAGAGUCUGUUACCGUUGCUUGUGCGAACUCGCCAGAGAGCACUACCGUGAGUGGGGAUACAGUUGCCGUCAAUUAUCUUCUUAAGACAUUCCAAGAAAAGGAUAUCUGGGCUCGAAAGCUAAAUACCGGAGGCAAAGCGUACCACUCGCACCAUAUGAAGAUUCUGGGACCGAAAUAUGAGGCCUUACUCGAGCGCUAUUGGGAUACGGCUAAUGGCAAUCAGCAAGCAAAUGGCAACCACCAUGCAAAUGGCAACCACCAUGCAAAUGGCAACCACCAUGCAAAUGGCAACCACCAUGCAAAUGGCAACCACCAUGCAAAUGGCAACCAUCAUGCAAAUGGCAACCACCAUGCAAAUGGCAACCACCAUGCAAAUGGCAACCACCAUGCAAAUGGCAACCACCAUGCAAAUGGCAACCACCAUGCAAAUGGCGCUGUGGAUGGUCCAGCGUCUUCAGUGGUUAUGAUUUCCACUGUGACUGGUGGGCUGGUAAGUACAAAUCAGGUUGGGAUGCCCAGAUACUGGCGUACAAACCUCGAAUCUCCAGUGCGAUUUGACGAGGCCAUCAAAACUAUCCUGGCGCGUGGCAGUUACCAUCUGGUAGAACUUGGUCCGCACUCGGCUUUGCAGCUCCCCAUCAAGCAGAGUGCCUCGACACUUGAACAAAGCCGCUAUACCUAUGAUUCCUCUCUCAUACGUCACCAAGAUGCUUGGUUGACUACCCUUCAGCUUGUCGGUUCACUGUUUUUGCAUGGACACGAUGAGCUUCAAUACCACAAGAUGUUUGCGGAGGGAUCUCAGACCCGUGUCUUAGUUGAUUUGCCUCCUUAUCCCUGGGACUACAGCUCUCCCACCCUGUGGUCUGAGCCUCGUGCCAGUACCCUGUUCCGUCACCGCAAAUACCCGCGGCAUGAUCUCCUCGGAUCCCAAGUACCGGAAGGGAGCACCGCAGGAGUGACGUGGCGAAAUGUAUUGAACCUCAAUGAAGCUGAAUGGCUUACGCAUCAUUGCCUGGGCCCGUCGGUAGUAUUCCCCGCCGCUGCAUAUAUUGCAAUGGCAGUCGAGGCGAUGUGCCAGGUCGCAGGUCUGCAGCUGGAAGAUUGUCCGGGUGUGGAACUUCGCGAUCUCAACUUCAUCAAAGCUCUCGACAUGGAUCCCGAGCGAAGGCCAACGGUGGAGAUCUUUUCCGAGAUGCGUUCUAUGAAGAUUUCCAACCUGACGAAUUCAGAUAAAUGGUGGAGAUUCGGUGUGGUGUCGAUCGACAGUGAUUCCCAGGCGACCUUGCAUAUGAACGCGGCUGUCCGCCUAGCAGAAACCCCACCACGGACAACUCGACAGAUUAAGCUUGAUAGGUCAAAGAUGCAACAGGAUGCAGUCCGUGUCUGGUACGACAAGUUCACUCAAGAAGGACUUAACUGGGGUCCCCAGUUUGCUGUCAUGGAGGAGGUCUUCCGAGAUCGCGCGCGCACGGCGCACGUAGCAGCAGCCACUACACAUCUUCAGCGGGGAGAAAUGUUUGGUCAGUACAUUGCACAUCCGAUUUCCAUUGAUGCGAUGCUACAAACGGCCUUCAUUGCGACAACUAGUGGCUGGGUGAGUAAGCUCCGGGCUACGGUCCCUGUUGCGAUGGACUCGGUUUACAUCGCCCCUCCGUCGGCCCUCGACAUGGAUACCGACAGACCAUGGUGCAUUGACACCGAGUCGGAGAACGUAGGCUUUGGAACGGUUAAAAUAAAUGCAGAGCUAUUUAAUUCGUCUGGUCAGGUCCUGAUCAGGAUGGGCCAGGCUCGUUGUAUUGCCUACCAAGGGAACAGACAGACGGAAACCACCGAGCAACGCAAUCCUCUCGUGAGAGCUUCAUGGAAGCCAGAUCUCUCUGCGCUAAGCAGCACGGGUCUUGACGAGUAUCUGAACCGGUUCGCACAGAACUGCGGCUCUAAGGAAUUGGCUGAUGAGGACGUGCUGCGCUUGGCUGGUGCCCUGGAUUUGGCCUGUCACAAGUGGUGUAAUAGCAAUAUCCUCGAACUUGGCGACCAAACCCGGAUAGCAGAGACUGUUCGUGGGCUCUUACGUGUUGACUCCUCUUUCCGAAGGUAUAACACAUAUUGUCGUGGGGUCUUUGAAGACGGUGAUCUAGUCGGCGCGGAGGUUUUCUCGGAGACUGGAGACGAGCAGAAACCAGAGCGCCCAACGGGGAUCCCACAGGAAAGGAAAUUUGAUAUAGUUCUCGUCCCCUCGGUUGAUCUCUGGACGCCGGUCCUUUCCAGCAGGCUCACACCGGGAGCAACUGUCAUCAUGAUGGGGGAUGCACUCAGUGACGAUGUCACUUGGACGAAGGUCAUCAAAGGAAGUGGUUCUUUUCCUGUGACAAUGGCGACUAUAAGCGGCCUGGCUAGCAAGAGAAAGAUUGAUAAAACCCCGGCAAUCGUGGUGACCCGAGAUAACAACAUAACACGCCUAGAUCUACAGCUCCAAAAGGUCUUACAAGAACAUUUAGGAUUCGUCGUCAAUAUUGUUGGUUUGUCCCAGGUCAGCCUCGCGACUGUUCCGGACCGAUCAUUCGUCAUAUCCACCCUAGAACAGCAGCAGCCUCUCCUGAGCAGGAUUGACGAGCGUGAAAUGGCACAGCUGAAAAGUAUUACCGAUCGUGUAGCCAAGAUCGUAUGGGUCGUCAAUGGCGGCUUCGUGGGUGGAGAAAACCCCGACUUUGCGCCAGUUCUGGGACUCUCCCGUGCGCUCAUGCUCGAACAGCCUUCCCUCCAAUUUGCGGUUCUAGAUGUGGACGAGAAAUCAGCAUCAUCUCCCGAAACUCUGCAGAACAUCGUCAGUGUUAUGAACCGACUGAUUUAUGAAUUGGAGCCGGACUUCGAAUUCGCGCAACGAGAUGGCGUCCUCCAUAUCUCACGCUGGGAACCAGAUGAGCGUCUCAACGAAACCUUCCGUCUCAAGCAGAAUAAGGAAACCAUUGACCUUCCCCUAGGGAUUGCCGGGCGUUGCGAAUUAGGCAUCAAGAGCCCGGGACAAAUGGACACGAUCCAUUUUGUGCAGAAGGAGUAUCCAACCGCCUUGCAUCCAGAUGAUGUGGAAAUCAGUGUGAAGAGUAUAGGUAUGAAUGCAAAGGAUCUGUAUGCCAUAAGCGCUAAGGUGGACACCAAGGAUGCGUCAUGCUCGUGUGAAUGUGCCGGUGUUAUUACCGCUGUGGGCGACAACGUCUGUGAGUUUAAGACUGGUGAUCGUGUAAUUGCAAUGGCCCCCGGCCAUUUCGCAACCGUCGAGCGCUUCCCGCAUUGGGCAGUGUGUAAAUUGAGCGACGAGGAGGAUUUUACGAUUUUUGCCACAGUCGGGAACGAAUCUAAAAAGUCAUUCCUCAUUGAGAAGUAUGAUCUGGAUCCAGCGCACAUUUUUAGCUCGCGCGAUUCAUCCUUCCUCCCUGCCAUCAUGGAAGCCACUUCUGGUCAGGGGGUUGACGUGGUUUUGAACUCUCUCACCGGUGAUCUUCUGCAUAGCAGCUUUGAAGCAUGUGCCGACUUUGGCCGCUUCAUAGAGAUUGGGAAACGUGAUAUCCUUGAUCAUGGCGUCCUGGACAUGUCAAUGUUCGGGCGCAAUGUCUCCUUUAUGGCAUUUGACCUGUCCAAUCUCUAUCUCUCCAACAAGCAGGCCCACCAUCAACUCUGGAAAGCCCUGCUUACAGAGAGUCUGGAUCUAGUGAGAUCCAAGAUCUGUGAGCCGUGUUUCCCUGUCAAGACAUUCGACGCGUCGGAUAUUACCGAUGCGUUCAGGCACUUCUCCCUAGGAACGCGAUUGGGCAAAGUCACCGUGUCGUUCCAGGAUCUGAACAUCAAAGUAAGGGUGAUUCCGAGGAAGUAUGAAACCACCUUUAGUGCCCAAAAGUGCUACCUCAUGGUCGGGUGCCUGGGUGGGUUAGGUCGCAGUCUGUCCAAGUGGAUGAUAUCUUGCGGUGCUCGACGUUUCAUCUUUCUGGGUCGAUCUGGUUCCGAUAGGCCUGAUGCAAAGGACAUGGUCGAUGAUCUACGGGCCCAAGGAGCCCACGUCACAGUGAUCCGGGGAGAUGUUUGCCGGUAUAAGGAUGUCGAACGGGCCCUGGAAGCCGCGGAUUGUCCCAUUGGUGGUGUAAUACAGGCGGCCAUGGCACUCAGCGAGGCACUCUGGAGUGAUAUGCCGCACAGCGCAUGGCACACCACCAUCAGCCCCAAGGUGCAGGGCACCUGGAAUCUUCACAAUGCGUUGGGCCAGGGUCGGGACUCCCAGCUGGACUUUUUCGUCACGACGUCGUCCAUCUCCGGGACCGUGGGCACGGCGACCGAAAGCAACUACUGCGCUGCCAACUCCUUCUUGGACGCUUUUGCCCGCUAUCGCAACCGUCUCGGGCUGCCGGCCAUCUCUAUCGGCUACGGGAUGAUUUCGGAAGUGGGAUAUUUGCACGAGCACCCCGACAUCGAGGCCCUCAUGAAGCGUAAAGGGAUCCACCCUAUCAAUGAAGACGAACUGAUCCAGAUCAUGAACAUGGCCCUUGUGAACCAAAGACCAUGCACGUGGGACUCCCGGUACGAUCAUCUGGCGGGCAGCCACCUUCUCACCGGGGUGGAAUUCAUCGGCCUCCAGGAGCAGCAGGAACGAGGCUUCGAGGGAGACAAUCAUGUCUUUGCCGAUCCUCGAGCUGCAUUGUUCACUGCGUCCUUUGCCCGCCGCGCCGCGGGCGAGAGCGAGACGCACAGCGCGGCGGCGCAUCUCCCUGGGGAGAUCGCGCGAGCGCUGCGCGACCACCAAGAUACGGCAUCGAUUCUCGAUGCACUUCGGGCUGUUGUAUCAAAGAAGAUCUCCAAUCUCAUCCUUCUGCCGGAGAGCGAACUGGACGCGGAUCGGCCUCUGGGCGAAUUUGGCUUGGAUUCGAUGCUGGCUGCCGAGUUUCGGACCUUUAUUUUCCGCACGUUCGAGGUCGACGUACCCUUCGUUGUGCUCUUGAAAAGGAGUACGACUGUAAAUCUCUUGACCAGCCUAAUUGCCCAGGGCCUGGAUACGAGUGCUUAG